ACUAUGAUGGGCGAGGAGCGGAUCGCGCUUCACCUUACACGAGGCCAGUUCUCAACCGCGAGCUGCGCUUUAUGAUCGAUUUGUCAAGAGCCGAAGCCAGUCUGAGCUGCUAAAGCCGAAUGCAGGAUCGAUCGGCUUUGCUCAAGGAAGCGUUAGGAGAAUUGGAAAGAAAAGAUUUAAAAUUACUCGAGUAUGUGGUAUUUAUUUGUCGGCUUAACUGCAGCAGGGGGUCAGCAGUUUCGACAUGAGUACGGAAUGCAAGAUAUUAGGAACCAAGAAGUUUGAACGGCCCUAUGCUUUUACGUUUAUUCUUCGUUAUACGCUUCAACGAAGAAACCGAUUGAAGACGAUUUGCUGCCGUGUUAGGCAUCAUUGAAAGAAGAAAACUUUUAAAGCAAGAACUUUCAAAGCAGUAAAAAUGAUGGCAUCGCAAAACCAAAAUAUCAUUAACGUGGCUUCGCCAAGCCCGCCGCCGGUAGACGGUCCGUCAGGAGCUGUUGUGUCAAGUACUACAGUCACCACCAUGAAGACACAAUCCGUUUCUUCCACUUUAUCAUCGCAUACUAAUCAACAACAACAGCUUCAACAGUCCAAUAACAUAGAACCACUUGACAAAAGUUCCUCUAACACUUUAAAGCGCAAUCCAAAGAUGGAGUUGAAUAGAAGUGAUUUAUUAAAAUUAUUAGGAUAUCUAGAAGGAGAACUUCAGGCUAGAGACAUUGUGAUAGCAGCUUUAAAAUCAGAGAAGAUGAAACAUCUUCUUAGUUCACGGUACCUUAGUAAUACAGCAGAUCCACGUGCAGCACUUGCUCGUGAUGUUGCGAUUGUGGGUGGUGUUAUUGGACCUGAAGGAAAUCAAAUUGAUCAACAAGUUGCCAGCUUGGAGGCUCUUGUAACGCAACAGAGGAGAACUCAAUGCAGAAUGAAUAAAGUUCUUAAGGAUGCUGAACUAAGGCAUAGAGCUGUAAUAAAAGAACUAGAAGAAGAAAAGCGUAAACAUGAGCAUGAUACUGCUCAGGGUGAUGAUAUUACUUAUGGACUUGAAAUAGAAAGAACCAGAUUAAAAAAAGAAUUAGAAUUAGAAAAACAAGAAAAAAAAAGAAUAGAGCUUGAAUUAAAAAAGAUUACUGAUAUGCUAGAAGAAGAGAAAAAUCGUCAGAAAAAAAUAAUACUUUUACUCUUGGCAGAACGUAAAAAAAUAAUAAUGAAAUAUAUUGAAGAGAGAAAAAGAUCUGAAGAUUUAGCACAGAUAUUAAGCGAAGAAAAAGUAAGAAUAGAUUCUAUGGCUGAAGGUCUUGAAGAAGAAAGUAAGAAAUCAUUACAAAUGGAAGCAGAAUUAGAAAAACAAUUGGCACAGUUUGAUAUGGAGAGACAACAAUAUAGACAAGCUCUUAUUAAAGAAGAAAAAAGAGCAAAAGAUCUUGAAUUAGAAUUAGAGAAAUUAAAAAACGAAGUAGAAGCAUGGAAAGAAUCGCAAGCACGAGGUCCACCAAGAGGCAUUGGGGCAACUCCACCACCACCACCUGCAAAGCCAGCUAAUUUAAUUGCUAUGCCAACACUGAGGCCGACUAAUACAUCACAAACAAUUAAAACUUCAGUACUGGGAACUGGGACACCUAUGGUCAGUAGUAAAGUUGUUCAACCUACUGCAACUGUAUCUAGUGUACCUGUCAGCGGACCAACAACAGGAAUAGCCAGAUCAGUGACACCUGGGCAAGCAUUACGUGGAGUUACGUAUGUGCCUAAUAUACCACCAACAAGUGGUGAACCUGCAGUCCCUUCGGAAACACAGAAAAGUAAAAGCAAUCUGCAUGAUGCACAAACGUCUAAUGCUAUGGACAAACGACCAGUUGUAGCUGUUCCUCCUAAUACUGGUGGCAUGGCAAAAUUAGUACCAUCAACGCAAACUCCAGGGAAGCAUGGUUUUCACGUUGGUUCUACACAGGCCGUUCAAGCACCUGGUACACUAUCGUCAAAAAAGCCACCUCUUUCUCGUGGCGUUCCUCCUCCAGUGCCACCUAAUAAACCGGUGGUACCACCUAAAAAAGAGGCAGCUUAUCUUAGGAGACCAGAAUUAUCUCAGUCAGCCCAGGAUACAGUUAAAUUCGGUAAACAGUCCUCAUCUCAUCCUGUAAGUGGAACUGCUCCCUUGCAGGUGCAGCAAGUGAUAGCUGCUUCUACUCAAGCCCCUGACGAAGAGACAAAGCCACGUUGAUUUAUCAGCAAAUAAAUCCACAAUCAUGUAUAGAAAUUUUACAAAGUCAAAAAUCAUGUAUCGUGAGCAAUGCUUGGAAACUAUAUUGGGAGUAUAUACAAUGGUUUCAUUUUACCAUUUAUCAGAUUGACGAAGAAUUCGGAUUCGUGAAGAUUUAUAUACUAGCUAAUUUCACUUUAUGUAAAUAUAUAUACCAUAGUAGUACUGCACUUACAAUUGUAUACUUGCGAGUAUUUAAGUGGAAAUUAAAUAUAUAAAAAAAUACAUUAGGUCAACUUCGUAGAUACUUAGAUUAGGAAUAUAUAUAUUAUGUUAGAUAAAUUAAUGCAGAGUAAAGAUCACGUAACUUUCUUAAAAUUUUAUGUAUAAAGUCUGAUUAGAGAUUGGAAAAAUGAUUUCUUUAGUAAAAGGUCAUAUUAUUAAAAAAUCUGUAUACGGAACAUCGUGAAAGUUACAUGAUUAACAUUCUGUUUUAUUAUGCAGCAAAUAAGAACGGAUAUAAGUACGAACGUAUAGUACAAUCAUCAUAAAUAAUUCAAACAUUUUAGAAGAGAUAAUAUUAUGCAACAUUUUAUUUUUCAAUCAGGCCAUUUCUAUGCUCAUCAAUUCUGCUAAACUUAAUCAUAUAAGUAUUCUUUCUUAAGAAUACGUAUCUUGAAAUGGGCAAUAUAAUAAAACGUUUAUUAAACUAAUCAUCAUUUUUAAAAUGUAGCAUAGUACUGUCUUAUCUAAAAUAUUGUGUUUUUAAAAAUCGUUGGACAUUAAUGCAAUAGAAAAUUAAAGUACAUAAAACAUUGAUAAAUGAAAGAAUUUUUAGUUAAGUAAAUGCAAAUACGUAUGUGCUAUGAUCACUGCCUUGUCUCAUUUUAUUGCAUACAUUGGUAAUAUAUGUUGAUAACAGUAUAAAAUAAGAUGGUAUGAACCUACAAGAAUGAAUAGCAUUGCAAAUUUGAUGAAUAUACAAUACUAUCAUUGUUUGUUUCUCGAUACAUUAAAAUUUUAAUACAUAUAUAUGUUUAAGCAAAGUGGAACAAAAUGAAAUGACACAAUAAUAAGCCUGUUAAGAGUACAAUUAAAAGCUUCACCGACAAUACAUAUAUGUGAAAAAAGCAAAAUGAUUUGCACUUUAUGAAGAUAUUUGUAUUAGUAAAUUUCACUUAUCCGAGAGUUUUUUGUUAUUUACUAAUGAAACAACUCGAAGUGACUAAAAUUAGAAGGAUUACUUAAGUACUCUUGACUUGUGUAUGUCUGUAAAAAGAAAAAAAAAAAAAUGCUAAUUCAAAAUUAUUUCAUCCUGACAAGAAAUUUACAGAAAAGAUCUACAGAAUUGAUACUGAGGUACUUUAAUAUGUACCCAUAUUAUGAUUUUUAUGUGAGACUUAUCAAAAAAGAACAUAUAUAAAUGUGGUUUAUCUUCAUGAUUUAUUAUAUUUCUUUCUGUUAUUACCCCUGUAAAUUUUCGUAUCAGAUUCGACUUUACACAGCGUGGGAAAUAAGUGAAUAUAAUCUCAUAAUGAUUAUACAAGUUUAUGAUUAAUAAAGUUUAACUUACAUAUC